GGUCCGCAAACAGCUGAUUAUAACCUUAAUAUACGGGAGAAGUCGUCUCUCCGACCUCUCUUCUCAUUCGUCUCGCGGCAGGGAAGGCAACUCAACGCAGCGGAAGAGGCUCUUUUCUCCGCUUCGCCGAUCCCCUCCAGAUUCUCUGGUGAUUUCCGAAGCAUUCACGCGCAUUCGGUGGCAUUUAUGGCUUCAUUUCGAGCAUUCUUGAACAGCCCUGUUGGCCCCAAAACUACUCAUUUUUGGGGCCCUGUUGCCAACUGGGGAUUUGUUGUGGCUGGACUGGUGGAUAUGAAGAAACCUCCUGAAAUGAUCUCAGGCAAUAUGACUGCAGCAAUGUGUGUAUAUUCAGCACUCUUCAUGAGGUUUGCAUGGAUGGUGCAGCCUCGCAAUUAUUUACUUCUGGCAUGCCACGCAUCAAACGAAACUGUUCAGCUUUAUCAGCUCUCCCGUUGGGCUAAGGGUCAGGGGUACUUGCAACAGGAGAAGGAAGAAGCUUCGUCCAAGUGACUCAUAUGAAUACUUUCUGGUAUAUUCCUUGUUGUAUGGAUCUUUGACUGUGGGGCUCUCCAUUGAUUUCUUGUAUGAAAAUCAUGGAUGUCAGAAUAAAUUUCUCAACAUCUCUUCUGGUUUUUCCAGUUCAGUGAUAAUACUCGUGGUCGUAGAGAAAUUGUUUGUCCAGCUUCUGAAUA